GAGAGAGAGAGACCAGAGUGGGAGUUAUCUGCGACUCUGCAUCCUCAGCCAUUGCUCAGCAUCUUAUCUUGAAUCGAGGAUCUUCUAUUACCUGUGCUUCAUAGUUCUUCCCUUCAGGACUGCAAGAACAUGGCUGAUGGUCAUGCUGCGUACCCUUCAGUGUUUGUAGUAGAUGGUGCUACCCAUUUUCCACCACCUCUGCCACCCAAACCGGGACAACGACGAAUGCAGGUCCGGAGGAACCGCCUGGUCCAGAACACGCUCUUGGUGCUGGUGUGUCUGACCCUGCUUGGUGUAUUGAUGGAGGGUGUUUUCAUCUACAAACUCCACAAGCAUGGCGAUACCUCGGAGUCUAAACCUGCCGAAAGCCCUGAAGCACUAAAAGGAGAUCAACUGGUCACCAGGAGGCCAAAGCCACCUCCAAUUCCACGUCCCUCAAAGCCUCUGGCGCAUCUCGCAGCUGGUUCUAAGAAACCCGAAAAGGAAGGCAUCCUGGAAUGGAUUGUCGAGGGAGACCCCAUCAUUCACGAGCUCGAGUACAGAGAUGGAACUCUGAUUGUUCAAAAGGAGGGCUAUUACUACGUGUACUCUAAGAUUAGCUACAGUGCAGAAGGCAGUUCUUUCACCCAGAUGGUACAGAAGCGAUCACAGCGCUUACCAGGUAGUUCUAUUGAGCUCUUGACAUACAAGAGAUAUAAUCCGAGCCCUCUCCAAAAAGGAAGUGUGAGGAGCAGUUAUGUGGGCGGCGUCUUCUUUAUGUACACAAAUGAUGCUGUUUUUGUUUAUGUGAAUAAUGGCUCGUCGGUUCUUCUGCAUAAACCGGCUGAUAACUGUUUCGGGAUGUUCAUGCUCUAGACAGAUUUAAGACCCGUACUCCACGUGGUGUUUUUGGGAUUUAAAUAUCUCAAAAAUUAAUCAAUAAACUGAUAUCUACAAAAAAAUAUUUCCAUAUGACAAUGUAUGCACCUUUUUUUACAGGACAUGAAUUUAACAAUUUCAUGUUAUUUUCUAGUCAAACAAUAGAUUUUCUUCUUCUUUAAUUCUUUGGUUAUACGUCAUGAGCCCUGGGAGUUCCCAAAACCACUUUAGGAAGUGACACCAUACAAUUUGGGACACAGCCUUUAAAUUACCUCCUGUCACUGAAAAUAACGUUUCAUGCACUGAAGGUGUGAGCUGGUGAUAUAGUGAAAUAACCAUGUUGCAGUGACUAUUAAAAGGUCAUUAAAUGUUAAUUUAAAUGCCAUCAUUUAUAAGUCAUCAGUUAUAAGCACUAUAUAUACACACACACACACACACACAGGAAGUGCCUGAAUUGCAAUGAUCGUGAAUCAUCAAUGUAUAUUUACACCAUUGUAAAUAUAUAAAGUUGAGACAUGUCAUAUCCUGCCCAGGAGUCUUAAAGCACGGUGAUCGGUAUUGGGUACUGUAAUGUGUUAUUAAUUUAUAUAUAUAUAGAUAAUACUUUUUAGCAAAACGGAGCAAUUUACAGUACUGUACUGUAUAAACUAUACAGUAUAUAUGUAUGUGGCAGCAGGCGCAUGGGCGAGUGCUGGUUAGCGAGUGGAGGGCAGAGCACAAAUUUUCAUUCCUUCACUCCCUCGACAUGUGGAUUUCUCCUUUUAAGAGAAAUUCUUGAAGCUGGACAUAAAACGCUAAAGAAUCCAGAGCGCUAGCAUUGGCCGCUAGUCACUUUCUUUCUAGCGCUUUGGAUUCUUUAGGCUUUUUGUGAAACGCAAAACAAAACUAAGCUAGUCGACACAGUGACAAUGCGCUAACUCUCGUUUCUUUUUAUACCCCUGCCGUUGUUGUGUAUGUUUUCAGAUUUAACAGUAAUAAAGAAAUGUGCUAGGGGGAGACAAACAAAGUGGCGGUCCGACACUUAAUACAUUCCUGAGGGAACUUAGACUUAUAAUAAUAAUAAAAGGAUUGCAUUCUGUACGUGUACCGAACCGAAAGCACUGAAAUGUCAGUAUGAAAACGUGAACUGUUACACCCCUAAUGUAUAUAUAAAGGAUUUGGACACCUGACAUAUAUGAGCCAUAUGUGGUUCUUCCAAAACCGUUAGCACAAAGUUGGAGGCACGUAAUUGCAUACGAUAUCUUUCAAAGCUUUCAAUGACAAUGCCUUUGUGCACUAAGUCAGCUCUCUGAAGAUCUGCUUUCCAUGGGUUGGAGUGGAAGAUCUGUUAAACCUAUUUAGGAUGAACUGUUCACACUGACUGCACCCCCAGGCCUCUUCACCUCACCUACAUCAGUACCUGACUUUACUAACACUCUUGUGGCUGAAUGAACCCCUUGUGGCUCCAAAAAUACCCUAGUAGAACAUUUUCCCAGAACAGUGGAACUUAUUAUAACAGUGAAUGGAGACAAUGUAGAAUGAGAUGUACAAUAUACAUGAAUCAAACUUUUGUUCUUCUAGUGUUUACAUGUAUGAACAUAUAAUUGAUAUUAAAAUUUCAGCUUUUUUUGAAGACUACAAAGAUUCUGAUGAAAUAUAAAUAUUACAAUUACAAAAUUGCAGUAUGUUUUAAUGUAGAAUUAACAAAAAACUUAAUUUUUCGGUGUACUGGACAUGAUUAGGGCUCAAAGUAUCUUUUGCACAAUGUUCAUUGUUGUUUUUAAUAUAAUUUAUUUUUAUUUUAGUGUUGUUUGGAGCUUUUUUGAAGUUCAUGUACUGAAAAGCUUUUAUACUGAAUGUAU